AUGUCCGAAAAAGCCUUUCCCCUUGCGGAUGCGGAAUUGACCAUUGCCUUGUUGGAUCUGAUCCAGCAGGCUACCAACUACAAGCAGACCAAGAAGGGUGCCAACGAAGCAACGAAAACGUUGAAUCGCGGUAUCAGUGAACUGAUCAUCAUGUCGGCGGACGCCGAACCUAUUGAGAUUCUCUUGCAUUUGCCGUUGUUGUGUGAAGAUAAGAACGUGCCGUACGUCUUCGUACCGAGUAAAAUUGCGUUGGGUCGUGCGUGUGGUGUUUCCCGUCCGGUCAUUGCGUGUUCCAUAACGACGAACGAGACUUCGCAGCUCAAGACGACCAUUGAAGGUAUGAAGAUCAAGAUUGAGCAGCUGCUCAUUUAA